AUGGGGCAGCCUUCAACGAAGCUACAACAGAUCCACAACUCGGCUAUCGAUGAGUCUGCGCUUGUAAACUGCCAACGGUGGUGCACGCCAAGGUCGUCGGAUAACGUCGUGAAAGACGAGGAGGCAGCUGAGUGCGACUUGCUGCCUCCGCUGUUGCCCGAGCAACCCACUCCACCGCCGCCGCCAACUUCAGCUGAACCCUGCGCCGCCGCAGUCCUAGCUGAGACCCAACGAGGCGACGUCGACGAGGCGCCUCAGGUGACCGGCCCAACGAAGCCCAUGUUCUUCAUCAACUGCUACAAUGGAGCCCAUCUAGUUCUUCCAGUGCUUGGUCGGCUAGAAUGGAGUCGUGUGUACGACCGGCGAGAAAUUCCGAAUUGCUGUUUCAGAUGGACUGAGACUGUUCUACAGUUAAACUACCAAAUAUUCAAGGAAUGUGAGCAGAUGGUUAACCACAUUCCCAACUGCGGCCACUUGACCAACAAACUUGGACUCCUACUGAGUGUUCGCGACUAUGCCGCGAAGCGCCGACUUACCGCGCGAAGGGAUUCUUCUUUGAACUUCCUUCCAGAGACCUACUGGAUCGACGACCCAAAGGAGAAACAGACGUUUAUCCACAAACUCUGCAAUGAACAACUCUGGAUUUUUAAGCCAUGCGGUUUGAAUCAAGGAAAGGGCAUCAGCCUUAUCCGGUCGCACCUCGACUUUGACCGAAUCGAGGAGGCUCGGAUGGAGGAGAUUCGGAGAAACCCCCGAAUGUGCAGGCCGCGAAUCGUUCAGAAGUACCUAGUAAAUCCCCUCGUGCUGAACGACAGGAAGUUUGACAUUCGUUGCUACCUAAUGAUCGUCAGCACGAUGCCAUAUUUAGUCCUCUUCUCGCCGGGCUACGUACGACUAUCACUUCGGAAAUACAACCCCUAUGACACUGACCUCGUAACUCAUCUGACAAAUCAGUUUGUGCAAAAGAAAGAUCCUCACUACAAGAAAUUAAAGGAAGACACUGUGUGGACAUUUAACCGACUGAAUGAGUACAUAAACACUUACGUGGCCCCGGUGAGACGUCUGCAGAGAAACUGGGUUACUCGGCAACUUUUGCCAGAAAUGCACAGAAUAUCUACGCACGUGUUUUCUGCAGUUAAGGACAAGCUGGCUUGUCGUGUUGGUUUCUUCGAAAUCUACGGCAUGGACUUCAUGAUCGACAGCUCAUUAAAGGUAUGGCUGAUUGAAAUUAACUCGAAUCCUGCGAUGAACACUAACUGCGAAGCACUGAAGCAGGUGAUUCCUCCCAUUGUCAACAAAUUUAUUCAGAUCAGCAUUGAGUGCUUUGAGAAGGCGCGCCGCUGGCAGCCCCUUCUUCCGAUUUUGGGGAUCCGUCCACGAGACCCACCUGAUCCUGCUGAUUCCCCGGGCUGUGAUUCUUGGUGUGUCAAGCUACGAUCGUCGCCGAGGUCUCUUAUAAACAACGGCUUGCCUGCUAACUUUACUGUGCUGUAUCACGAGAGCCUGACAACAGCGAGGGCCCGCCAAACCAAGAGCUACAAGAUACCCUUGCGUCUCUGGGUGCCUCCGAAAAUGUACAUUCCUGUCCCUCCGCCUAAACAUGGCCUCGUCGUUACCACGUCUCCGUCCUUGGCAGAGUUGGCGGUGGCCACUGCCGGUAUCGGUUCAAAGAAGCCUUCACCACGACUAAAUCCAUCACCGCAAAGACAGUUUUCACCGAUUUAUACAUUAAUUCGGUCACCAUCAAGUCCAGCAAAUUCCCCACACUACUCAAAGCCACCAACACCGGGUCUGCGUGAAACACCAGUUAUCUCUAAGCCUUCGGUUCAAACCACCGAGCGAAACUUGUCAGUCUCAUUUAAACAAAACGCCACGGAGACUCCAGCGAAGAAGAGUCGUGGAGAUAGAGGCGAGGAUGCUGAAAGCGCUGAAUUUGACACGGGUAUAGUUCUGACACCGGAUGCUCUAGCUCAACUACCAAAUGAUGCAACCAAUGAGGAGCAAGAAAACUCCACUACCGACAACAUAAGCAAUUCCAUUGGUCCGGACAUGUAA